AUGCAGUUUAAAUUGGAAUUUAAGUUUCUGUGUCUGAAAAAUAAAGUGACGGCAGCCUUCAUGCUGACACUGACUGACUCAGGAGCUCACAAGCCAUCUUGUGCCACCUUUGAAAACCCAGCACCUGGGGGAUGUAAAGGAAGAGACAUCAAGGGCAUUGGGAUCUCAGGUUCAUGCAAGUGCAAAGGACAUGAAAACAAACAUAUAAAGUGUUUCCCUCAAAUAGAAACUCCUGAGAUGGUUGAGCCCCACGUCCCCAGGCUCGCGCGGCCCUGCAGAGAGUGUUUGGCCUGUGUGACCGGUCCGACCGGACCAGGCUGUGGAACCCUGCUAAUAUUGGAUCAAAAUGAAUCUGGGCUUAGGAUUUUUAGAAGCUUUGACUGGAACGAUGGUUUGUUUGACGUGACCUGGAGUGAGAACAAUGAACAUAUCCUGGUCACCUGUAGUGGGGAUGGCUCGCUGCAGCUCUGGGACACUGCCAAAGCCACAGGGCCACUGCAGGUCUACAAAGAACACACUCAGGAGGUAUAUAGUGUUGAUUGGAGCCAAACCAGAGGUGAACAGCUUGUGGUGUCUGGUUCAUGGGAUCAAACCAUCAAACUGUGGGAUCCAACUGUUGGAAAGUCGUUGUGCACCUUUAGAGGCCAUGAAAGUGUCAUUUACAGCACAAUCUGGUCUCCCCACAUCCCUGGUUGCUUUGCUUCAGCCUCAGGUGAUCAGACUCUGAGAAUUUGGGACGUGAAGGCAGCAGGAGUCAGAACUGUGGUGCCAGCACAUCAGGCAGAAAUUUUGAGUUGUGACUGGUGUAAAUACAAUGAGAAUUUGUUGGUGACGGGGGCAGUUGAUUGUAGUUUGAGAGGCUGGGACUUGAGGAAUGUUCGACAACCAGUGUUUGAACUCCUUGGUCACACCUAUGCUAUCAGGAGAGUGAAAUUUUCACCAUUUCAUGCUUCCGUACUAGCCUCUUGCUCCUAUGACUUUACUGUAAGAUUCUGGAACUUUUCAAAGCCUGACCCUCUUCUUGAAAUAGUGGACCAUCAUACAGAGUUUACCUGUGGUUUAGAUUUAAGUCUUCAGAGCCCUACUCAGGUGGUUGACUGUGCUUGGGAUGAAACAAUAAAGAUAUACGAUCCUGUCUGUCUUACUGUGCCUGCUUGAAACACACUACUCUGGUCAGAAACAAAGAACAUUGGCUGAAGAACUACUUAACAGGAAAUAAAUUAACUAUUGAUAACAUAGUCAUUAUGCUUUUAUGUGCUAUUCAGAUUUCAAAUUCUAAAAAUUUACCCUGAACUUGUUUUGAGACAGCUGAUAAAGACUUUGGCUCACCAUUUAACCCUGACACAUAAGCCAUAUUUCUUAAAAUUCUAAGGAAUAAUUGAUGUUAUGGUAUAUCUUACAGUAUCUAUUAAAAUCUAACCUGUGUGUUAUAAAAUGGAUGAAAAUAUGGGCGAUUCAUAGAUUAUAGAGGUAGGGAUAUAUUUUAUUUUUAAUUUGUCAUUUUUGAUGUGAAAUAUAAUUACUGUUGUUCAUAAAAAUGAAAAUAAAUUGCACCUCUUGAUCAUUUUA